AUGACACAGGUGACCAUCAUUGAAGGCCAUUCGCAGGAUGUUAUCCCUCAGCUGAAGAAGAAAUAUGGGGUGGAAACCCUGGAUUUUGUCUUUCUCGACCACUGGAAGGAGAGAUACGCCCCAGACACUAUUCUCCUUGAAGAAUGUGGUCUCCUGCGCAAGGGCUCCAUCCUUCUAGCCGACAAUAUCAUCUUCCCAGGAGCUCCAGAAUUCAUUAAAUACAUUCGGAGUAACAGCCGCUACGAAUGUACCAGCUACCCUACCUUUUUGGAAUACAUGAAGGUGGAGGAUGCCAUGGAAAAGGCUGUGUAUAUGGGAUAAGAGGCAGGGAGGGAGCACUUACUAGAGUUCAACAUGUACAUGUGAGCCUUCGCAAUUUAGUCCUUUAGUUUUGAUUUUGCAAAUGGGAGCUUUUUGCAAGCUUCAGAGCUGGUUGUAGACUAGGAUUUAGGUACCCAGAGCCAAGACAACCCCAGAACCACUUCUUACACACCAGAGUUUCUCACUUUCAUCAACUUUAAGAUGGAUGGGGAUUAAAGACCACCCAUCUUAAAGUUGCAGAACACUGCUUCGACAAUCCCUUUCGUUAUGGUUUCAUAUUGGUUUGAGCUGUCUUUUAUUUCUUUUUUUUUUCCUACUUAAAAUGAUUUUAAAAGGCACUUUUCUUUGCUACCCCAAAGGAGAAGUCCGCCGACUUAAUCUCUAUUCUUGAGUUCUGCAAGGAUUCUCCGAUCUCCCCAGAAAUGCUGAGUAGGGGGGCUAGGGGACAAGGCAAAUUAUCUUCUUGCCAAGAAUUGGGUAUUUUUUUGGUAAAAUGUGGGACACAGGAAAAAAAUCAUUUUCACCUUUGCUGUGUUCCUCAAAGGCUGCUAGGACAAUCCGUGGAAAGGCUAAAGUGAUGUCUGCAUAAACAGACCUCAUAGCCGCAGUGAUGCUGUGUUUAAUUAAUAAGUCCAACAUUGCAGCCGGGGCUAAAAUCCACAUCCUGUCUCUUGGCCUUGUAAUAAAUGUGCUUCUUUUGUAUGGUGGAACUUCCUUUUUCCCCUUGGAAAAGGAUGAGAAAAAGCGUAUACCCAGAUAAGCAGGGAUUAACACCAGACAAAUGAUCAAGCAGAAAACAAUAUCCUAUUCAAGAAAGUACCGAGGAAAAAACUAUACCCUGACCAACAAUUAUAGGGCAAGAUACUAUAUAUAAACAGAGAGUAAACUGCACAUUCCCUUAUACUGAUGAUAUUAUCUAGUCAGGUAAUGCAAACAACCAAGCUCAGAGAGCAUCAAGAACUCCAUGCUGCAGCUCAGCCUGUGCAUUCUAGGUGUUGUAGUCCUUCCUGUCUGGAGGGCCCUGGUUAUUGGAAAACUGAACCUCUGCAACUAUGGUUUCCUUUUUAGAGAUUCAGCUAUGAUUGCUCAGUAAUAGAAUUUAUUAUAUCCACCUCAAAGCGACAUAUAUUCUCCACAACUGUCAGAAUGUUCUUUUUGUAAUUAAUUGUUCAGAUUUAUACAUAAAAUAGGUAAUUUCCUCCUCCGCCACUGCCAGGAACUAAUUGUAACACUCGAGAAAGCAUCGCUUUUUAAAUUAAUGCAUUUCCAUUUUAUCCUUAGCUUCUCUAAAUUAUUGGAAAUCUUUAUUCUUUGCCCUCUUCUGCUCUCUUCCAAUUUCCUUGCAUCCAACUUUCCCUCCCCAAAAUAAAUUAGAGAGGCAGAAUCUAACAAAUAGUUAAAAAAAAUAGCAAAAAAAAAAAAGGCUUAAGUGGUUAAGAAUAGACCACAACUGAAAUUUAAGCCUCAAAUAUUUUCAGAGACAAAUUUUAUCGAUCCCGAAAUGCUUUCCUUGCAAGAAAGUUGCCAGCAUGUAACAUUUAAAUCUCCCAACCUCAGCAAGAAUGUGCAUUUUUUUCAGUUAAUUCAGACCUUAAAUAAACCUGGACAAUCCUAAUGAAGACUAAUUAGCUAAAUGAGAAAUACUGACAGAUCCCAGCAAUUAAGUUGGUCUGCCAACAUGGGAAGAAAAAAAAAAAGAGAUUAGGAUUACUCAUUGAUGUUUUUUUUUUCUCCUCCACUGUUUAUUUAGGAGAUAUUUAAUUUGGUUUAAUAAAGUCCAGCAGAACCUUGUAAGAGUAAAGUAGGGAUUUAUUCGCAGUGGCUCAUAAACACAAAGAGGAAGAAUGCCAAACUGGGGACUCCCAUUUUUGAUAGAACAGAAAUGGCAUAUUUCAUAUGAAAUAAAAUUGAGUCACAGCAAACCUUGCAGCUUGCUUGUUACAAAUACGUUGAUUAGGGGGUGAGAUGUUAGAUUGGUUUCCCACAAUAAAGUGAUCUUAUUUAGACAUAGUGAACAGACUUCUGUCAUCAUUCCACCCUCCAAGUGUUUGUUUUUUAAAAAAAAUCUUGCAAGGAAUUUGCAUUCCACAAAAUAAAUUGUGAGCAUCCAAAUGCAUUUGCAAAUAGUAAUUUGAUUGUACUCCUGCAGCAGGUUCUUAAAGCCCACAAAUAUCAGCUCUUAAUUUUAAGCCCCAGAUUUUUCUCUCUUUUAAACAACCUCUUGGGAGAAGGAAAACACUUUUCCAUUUUUUUUUCUUUUUUGCAAAUUCACGUGGUACAAUAGAGCCAUCUUCUUAAAACCAAGAAUUCAGCAUCACCAUUUCUGAUUACCAGUUGCCAUCUUAGAUAGUUCGAAGAAAGAAAAGCAAUUUUAGAGGAAAUAUCAGUCAAAAGGGACAGCCACACAAUACUUGAAUUAUCCUCAGAGAUGAUAAGGGAUGGAAAGAAGGGAGGAAAAGCAACAGAGUGGUAAAAUUUAACAGGACAAAAUAACAGCUUUUGCCAGAGCUUUAACCCAUAUAAGUUUGAAAACCAGUUUUAGGCCAAGUCAGAACAAAUCACAUUUCCAAACCAUUUCCUUCUUGGUUUUAAAAGUUGUAUCAUCUCAGUCCUUUUUUGCACUGAACUUCAGGCCAGUCCUGCAAUAAAAUAUCGUCCAAUACAGAGGGAGAACUGGAGAUCAGAAUCAGCUUGCUCAUACUAAGACAUCAAAGGAUGUAAUGAUAUACAGGAAAGACCUCAAGAGACUGGACCAAGAGACACCACCUAAGAAACUGUCUGAUAAGAGAUUACAUAGCCCACAGCUGUAUAAUGGAAGGAACAAGAGGC